UCCACGAAAGUGAAACUGACGGUUCAACAUAACACCAAGUCAGCCUGGCACCAUGGCGUCUGCGUUUUACUCAGAAGAUUUGACUUGUGCUAUAUGCGCGACCAUCUUCACUGAUCCGGUGACUCUCCUCUGCGGACACUCUUUCUGCAGAGAGUGCAUCACACAUGUUCUGAGUUUACAGCAGCAGUGUCCACAGUGUCGGACAGCUGUUCCAACAGAAGCGAAAUCUCUUCCAACCAGCCAUAUAUUGAAAAGCCUCGCUGAAAAGUCUAAACAAGCAGAGAAGAUCAAGAAAGAGCAUGGAAAUGAGAAAGCAGAGGUGGCUGAGUUGUGUCCUGAGCAUGAAGAAAAGCUGAAACUGUUCUGCAUCACAGAUCAGCAGUUAGCGUGUAUUAUAUGCCGAGAUGGGGAGAAGCAUGAAGGACACAAGUUUAAACCAAUCAAAGAAGCAGCUGCAUCUCUGAGACAAGAGCUGGAGACAUUUGUGCAACUUGCUUCUGAUGAUAUCCAUACAAUAGAAAGCCAAGCCAACACACAGAGGGAAGAAAUGACCAAAACCAAAGAGAAGUCUCAGCAGCUGAAGACCCAAAUCCACAGAGAGUUUGAGGAGAUGCACCAGUUUCUGAGGAAGAGAGAGGAUGAGAUUAAGAAUGAGCUGAAAUACAAAGAGGAAGAUGCUGUUGAGAAAAUGAGCAAGACCUUAAACGCUAUAGAAACAGCUUUGUCUGAGAGCAGAGAACGGCAGGGAAAGGUCACAUCAGUUCUGGAAAUUACAGACUCAGACAGGCUCUUAAAGAGCUGGACUGAGGGUAACAGUAUGAUGACUCCAGAACAUUUCUUCAGGCCCAGAGCAAAUGAUCUCCAAGUGGUGAAUGAUUCUCUCUCUUUGGGGCCUUAUGAAAGCCACCUGCAGUUCUUUGUGUGGAAGGAGAUGCUUCAGGUGAUCCAGCCCAGAGCAGAGCUGCUGUCACUCAAAAGCAACAGCAAAGAUAUAACGGUGUCUGGUGAUGGGCGGAGUUUGUUUUGUAGUCCAAAAAGCAACCGAGCUCAAACAGAUUCCUUUAAUUUUGGCGCUGGAUUAUACGACCCAGCCCCAAAAUACACUUUCGGUGCUGCUUUUAAUAGCCGAGCAUAUCCUGAGCAGUAUAGGGACAAGUCUUCCUUAUGCACAAACUAUACAUUCAGUGUCAGUGAGUUCACAUCAGGGCAGCAUUACUGGGAAAUAGAGGUUGGACACAGGGACUAUUGGGAACUAGGAGUAAAAGAUCAUUUCCUGAAAUAUGAUGGCCAAAAAUAUUCCACCUGUACUCCAAACAUAACCACAGAACUAACAUUUGGAGACAAGCCUCGAAAGAUUGGGAUUUACCUUAACUGCUCAUCCAAGAAGCUCUCCUUCUAUGAUGCAGACAACAUGACACAUAUUCACACUGUGAGCUCUAAGCUCAUGUCCAUGCCAUUGUCAGCAUAUUUUAACAUUAGAUCCAGAAAAGCAGAUCCUAACCCUCUGACAGUGUGCUGGUACUGAAGUUAAGAUAAACAUCAUAGCAGGUACUUAACUAAAAGAUUUAAAAAGUAGGUUCUGAAUUUACCAAAACAAAAACAGCAUAUGGCCCUUUUCAACCAAAAACGUUCCAGGAUUUUUUGAACCAGAAGAACUAAUAUUAGGAACUAAAUUAAGAAGCAGAUUCCCCAAUAUGGAAUAAAAGAAGAAUUAAAAGUUUGAAACAACAAUUUUUCUACAUUAGGAUAAAACACAGAAUGACCCUGUUGUUCUUUGUCUUUACUGUUGUGUUUAUGUUGUAUUUUAUCAGUGAAGUACAGCCCCAAUAGCUCCUUAUGCUAUCGUGGUAGAAGCCUCUGCAUGUACCUUUCAGGCAAAUGUUAAUGUGAAAGGUCAUUCCUCAGCGGACAGUACAGGGCAUAGCUAAAGCAUAAGUUAAAUCUUGAUUUAAAUGGGUCGCUGAAGUCAGUGAUUGAGUAGAUAAGUUGUAAUAAAUGAGUUUUGAAUAUAUCUAAAACAAACAGUAUUGUAUUUGCAGUUACUACUUUAAAUACAAAACCGAUCCAGGAUCUGUGUAUAGACGAUAAGUAGCAGCCUGUAGUUGAUUAGAAUUAGUUGUAGUUGCUCUAGCUAACAGGCUAAAUUUGUUGUGCUUGCUAACUUAAGAGAGGCAGGGAACACGUGGUGAAAGUUAAGUGGGCGGUGACACCACCGUCAUGAAAAAUUACAUUAUUAAAUAACCUGAAAUGAAAAUGUCAUGUUGAAAUAAAAAAGUCUUUUGUUGUGAAUUUCUAAUGUUUAUGUUUGUCUUUCUCAUAUUUCAGAUAUAGCAUUCAUGUGUAGGCUACAUUAAAGGGCUUGUGUUUAUGGUUAAUGGGUUAUCUAAAUUUGAAUGGUGUGAUUUUUGUGAAGUGAUUAUUUUCUGCUGUCUAUAUGAGAUAUUUCAUGCCUCCCUGUCACCACUGGAGGGUGGUAUUAUCCAGAGUCUGUUAUCAACUGUCACCAGACCUGCGAUGUACGAGGGUGGCGCACAGCAACCAGGCUUUGGCUUGAUUUAAUCAGUUUGCAAUGUGUAAAAUAAUAUUGCUGCCAAAUAUGCUCAAUAAAACUUUACUGGCUCUAUCA